AUGAAUUUACUAAAGUUAAUUGGAAAAAAUAAAAAAAUGAAGAAUCACGACAAGCGGAAUUCAAUAAUUUAUUACUCCUGUUAUGUACUUAUAGUUUUAAUUAUAAUUUUGUCGAGGUUUAUUGUGAUACCUCUAGUAGCCCAAAUGUCUUUAUAUACACUUAUAACGAUAUACAUUGGAAGUCAUGAAAGCUUAAAACAAUUAGAGGCUGAAGAAAAAAGUCAAAAGACUGACCAUAUAACGACAUAUGAUGCAAUAAUGUUUCCAAUUAUUGGAUCAGCUGCUUUAUUAACAUUGUAUUUUGCCUACAAGUUUUUAGAUCCCUAUUAUGUGAAUAUGCUACUAACCGUUUAUUUAACAAUGGCCGGAGUAUUUUCACUACAAGGUGUUUUUUCAACUAUUUUGGAACCCUUUUUUCCACGAUUGUUUAAAAAAGAUGAAUAUAUUAAAAGUAUUAAUGCUCCAAAGUUUAUUUCAAAAGAACCAAUUGUAUUUAAUACAAACAAAGGAGAAAUUUUGAGUUUGAUUGUUUGUUUUAUAAUUGGUGGACGAUGGUUAUUUUACAAAGACUUUAUUACACACAAUAUUUUAGCAAUUUCCUUUUGCUUCCAAGCACUAUCAUUGGUCAUUUUAAGCAACUUCGUAAUUGGAUUCAUACUAUUGUCUGGAUUAUUCGUGUAUGACAUAUUUUGGGUCUUUGGAAAUGACGUUAUGGUUACCGUUGCAAAAUCAUUUGAAGCUCCUGUAAAAUUGUUGUUCCCAGUAUCUUUAGAUCCAUUACAUUAUAGCAUGCUUGGUUUAGGAGAUAUAAUUAUUCCAGGAAUUUUAAUGGCUUUAUGCUUACGUUUUGAUUUUUAUUUGCAUAGAAAUAAAAUACAUAAAGGAAAUACCAAGAAAAUGUUUAAUGAUAUAUCUAUUCAUGAAUCUUUCAAGAAAUAUUAUUUUUAUACAAUAACAGUAUUUUAUCAAGCAGGUUUAUUAUUAACAUAUUGUAUGCUCUUUUAUUUUCAACAUGCUCAACCAGCUUUGUUAUAUUUAGUACCUGCUUGUAUAAUAGCCAUAGUAGGAUGCGCAUUAUGUAAAAAAGAAUUUACAAUAAUGAUUAAAUAUCAAGAAAUUACAGAUAAAGGUUCAAAUACCGAUGAAGCAAAGAAAAAGCUCAUUGAAAAAGAAGAAACCCUUAAAAGUCAAGAAUCAAUUAUGUCAGUUACAAAAAAAAGAAUGAAUGCUAAAUAA